CUCACCCAUCAGCAUUCCCUUUCCUCCAGACCGGCUUGUUCCCAGACUGUUUGAUCAAUAGCAUAGGCGCAGGGAUUUUUCUUCAUUGAGGCGUGGAGUUGGUUCUUUCUUCUUUCUUUCUCGCACCCCUAUCACGACAUUGACACCGGGCAUUGAGUCGCGACCGAUAUCAGAACAAGACUUCAUCAUGGCACCACAAACCUCAGAAUCUAAGCCAAUGUACCAGAAGGACGAGAGAGCCUUGUGCUUUCACGGCGAGCUGCUGUAUGAGGCUAAAGUUCUGGAGGUCCGUCGAGUUGAUCCCAAGGACAAGACUUCUGCUCAUGAAUAUCGAGUCCAUUACAAAGGAUGGAAGAAUACCUGGGACGACUGGGUGCCUCAAGAUCGGUUGCGCAAGCUUACAGACGACAAUCGGGAACUCGCGGCCAACCUGAGACGAGAACUCGUUGCAGCAACUGCGUCAAGAGUACCUCCAAAAUCCACAGGCAAAACCCGUCGUGGCCACGGUUCCGAAUUUGGUUCUGGAAGAGGCAGUGAGGAACGUACUUCAUCUGUCCCUGCUGGAGGAAGAGGCACCAAACGUGCAAGAGAUAACGACAUUGAAAAGGUUCGUGGCCCCAAGCCCUGUCCCUUCAUACCUGCUUGUGGAAUGAGAUUGUUGCCCUUCCCUGUGUAAACCAUACCUUGGAUCCCCUCUUGGAUACCUCGACCAUCUUGGAGACCCUGACGACUGGCUGGCAUCUGCUCUUGAACACUGGAUCGAGCAACAACAAAGCACUGAACUCACCGAGGACUGUCGCAUCAUCACCAAGUUGAGGAAACAACAUCCACACCCUACCUGACAACUUGAAUUGGAAGCCAAGAUGGACAAGGACAAUUCUGGAAAGAAUCCUGGCGGAGGCCAGAAGAGAAAGCGUCGAGACCCUGUGCUCAGCAAUGAGACAAACCUUGAUCUUACGCCGUAUGUCCCGCGUCGUGCUGCUGUACAAGCUGCAUCUCGUCUAGCAGCACCGUCACGGCCUUUGUUCUCGAGCGACAACAUCCACAAAAACCGACUCAAAGCCGCCAAGCCACCGAGAGCAACUUCAAAGGGUGCAAGUCACGUCAGCGCCGCAAACAAAAAGCGAGCAGCCAGAAGCAGAAGUGUCAGUCCCGCGGCCAAGAGACCAACGACAACAUCCCAAGAGGAUGUGAAGUCAAACACCAGAAAAGGGAAUCCGCCAGGUCUUUCUGCCACGCACACCUACUCACCACCCUCACCACCCUUUGGAAGAAGAUUCCGCGCCUUGUUCCAGUUACCACCUUUAAAAGCAUCUGACAGCGAGGACGAGACCAUCAAAGCUCCCGACAUUGAGGACGAAACCAUCAAACCAUCUGAGAGUGACGACGAGACCAUCGAAGCCUCCGAUAUUGACGACGAGACCAUUGAAGCCUCCGACAUUGAGGGCGAGACCAUCAAAGCGUACGACAUCGAGGAAGAAACCAUCGAAAUGUCUGACAGUGAGGCUGAGAUGAUCGAAGCUGCCCACAUACUCAUGUCACUGAGAUAUGGUCCGGAAUAUGAGAGAAACAGACCGCAGGGACCGAGAAGAAUCAGAACCGCAAUAACCUCUGACAACUCGCGAGGAUAUCAUGCAUCCCGCGGCCCGCCCCCCAAUGACACCGCCAAUUCUUUCUCACCAGGCAAAGACGGAGGACCUCGAGAUCCAUGGCAUCAUAUCAACGAACAGAUUAUGGACAGACUUAUGGUACCACUUGCGCCUACACACUCUCGACCCGAGGGGCCACCUGCGCCUACAUACUCUCGACCCAAAGAACAGACCGCAGCACAGAGAGCGCGCUACCAAGAAAUCCUACGUGCUGGGACUCGAUUCACACCAACUCAAUUGACCCAACUCACGGAGGAGUUGAAUCUGACUGCCAUCGACGUGAUGAUGCUUCCUCCGCCCUUGAAUGAAGUCGCAUUCGUCACCAACGAGACGCGACGAGACCAGGUCCAAUUGCCCAUUCAUGAACGUACCUCUAGAGCACAGAUGCCGCCACAGCGCACCUGGCAAGACUCGUCACCGGUUUGGGAACCCGCCUCAGGUGCUGUCCGGGAUGCUUUGGGACACUACCUCGAAUAUGAACUAUUUGGAACUGGAAAGCCCGCCACGAAAAAGAUCUGGACCGUCAUCAAGUACCCGGAGGCGGAUUCCUUUAACAUUCUGACUGAUGGAGAGAAACAUCCUAACAUUGGCCGUGAUUAUCCACAGGAAGAUGCAUUUUACAAUCGCCCAUCGAUCCGAUUUACCCUCCCUGACCACCUCAAGAACCUCCUCGUCGAUGAUUGGGAAAACGUCACCAAGUCGAUGCUCCUCGUCCCGCUUCCAAGCAGUGCGCCAGCAAACUACAUCUUCGACGAAUACUUCAAUGCAGAGAAGAAAAAUCGAAUGAUUGGAUCCGCAGAAGCAGACAUUCUUGAAGAGUUCGUGGCUGGUUUGAAAAUCUACUUCGAGAAGACCAUCGGCAAGCUCUUGUUGUAUCGCUUCGAACGUCCUCAGUUGGCCGAGAUGCGCAAACUCUGGGAGUCGGGCAAGUACAAGGACUGGGAGGGCAAAGGUCCAGGAGAUUGCUAUGGUGGUGAAUUCGUCGGCCGCAUGCUCACCAACAUGCCAGAGAUCGCAGCUCAGACCAAUUUGGAUCAAGAACAGGUCGCGAGAUUGAAGGCCGAAUUGAUCAAGUUCGCCAAUUGGUUGUCGAGACACAGUGACCGCUUCUUCUGCGCCAAAUACGAGAAACCAAGUGCCGAGUACAUCGAGAAGGCCCGUUGAGCCAGACAACAGACAGUUCGCGAAACCCAGGAGCUGGCGAGAAACACUACCGGAAGAACGAGUCCAGAAUUACCCCUACCGAAAAAAUGCUGAAGGCUUGACAAGAGAUAUGGGAAAGAAGAAUUGGUGUCUUGGAAGGCCCUUGAAGAGUGAUACACUGGUCUAAGGAGCCACACAAUGUCAUAUGUCAGAGUAUUGGAGCCGGUUGGAUGGAUGGUAGAGCUCCGCGGCGUUGCGCGCUCUCAGUUGUUGAGCAGUCGAGCAGUCGAGCCGUUUUGUUAUCGAGUCAGAUAUGGCACAUAAUUCCCCAGUUUACAGACAGCGAUGAGAUUCCCGAGCUGAAUUGGGCUUGGACAUGCGAUCGGAGCCGCAAUAGGGAUUCAGAUCGAAAAGAUCAAUUGAAUGAUCACUUUCAUACA